CUUCAGGUGUUAUGUUACUAGGGAUCAUAGUAUUUGCAUUUGGUAUUAAAUUCUACAGGCAUCAAAUCCCAAGUGGAAGCCCUCUUACUAGAAUGUUGCAGGUUUUGGUGGCUGCAUUUAAGAAGAGAAAUCUUCCCUUGCCAGAAAAUGGAGCAGAAUUAUUAUACCAAGGAUCUCUUGAUGAAGAGGUGAUAGGGGAGAUACUCCCACACACACAGAGUCUCCGAUUCCUGGACAAAGCUGCAAUUCUGAAUGGACCAAAAGGGAGUUGGUCUCUUUGCAGUGUGACCCAAGUAGAGGAGACUAAAAUUGUCAUCCGAAUGCUCCCAAUAUUCCUAAGUGCUUUAUUUGCUUACAUUCCCAUACCACAACUCUUGACAUUUACCAUUCAACAAGGAGGUACAAUGAACACUAAGAUAGGGAAGAUCAAUGUCUCUGUUGUGUCUCUUGUAACUAUCCCCAUAUUUCUUCAAGCAGUAAUCUUAAUCUUCUAUGAUCGGUUAUUUGUGCCGCUCGCAAGCAAGAUCACCGGGCGUAGAACCGGCAUUACCCAUUUGCAACGAAUCGCCGUUGGCUACAUAAUAGUCUCAUUAGCAGGUGUUGCAGCUGCCUUGAUAGAGAGGAAAAGGAAAAGCAUUGCAGAAGAACAUGGACUAAUUAAAUCAGGAGGUCAUGUCCCCAUGUCUGUGUUAUGGCUUGGGCUGCAAUUCUUUGGCAUUGUCAUCAUAGAUGUGUUUACCUAUGUUGGAUUGCUUGAGUUCUUCAAUAGUGAAGCAUCAAGGGGGAUGAAAUCGCUUGGAACUGCCUUCUUCUGGUGUAUCCUUGGGUUAGCAUCCUUGUUGGGAUCUACUCUUGUGGAACUAGUUAACAAGUACACCAGACAUGGAAAUGGUAUAGGAGAACAAGGGUGGUUGGGAGGAAACAAUUUGAACCAGAAUCAUCUUGAUCGUUUCUAUUGGUUGCUAGCCAUCCUUGGCUUUGUGGGGUUCUUGAACUAUUUGUUUUGGGCUACCAAAUAUGUGCAUAGGAAAACUAAUGCAGAUCUGAAUGAUGAAACUUGAAAAAAAUACUCAAAUGGGUAGGGAUAUGUACACAGCUAUGGUCUUAUUAGCUACUACUUAAUCAUAAAUCAUUCAUGGCAUAUGCUUAAACAUCUUAAUUGAA